GUUCCGUUGUCGCUUCUUCACCUCGACGACGACGCUCCGUUUCAGGCGCUCGAGGCGAAGCGUGCCCAACUGAAGAAGAACCCCCAGCGGAACGCAAAGGUGAUCCGUGAAGUGGAGGAAGACCUCUUGGACCGUGCCGCCGAGCUUGCUGAGGACCUGAAGACAUCUGAGCGGGAGAAGUUUCUGAACCCGAAGCCUAACGGCGUGCCGAUUGAGAAUGUCCCGAUCAACAGCGACGGCCCGUUUCAUGACAUGGAGAUUCAGCGACUGCUGCUGCGUGAGGACCCUGUCAAGAAUGCGACAGCCAUCAGCAACCUGGAGGACGCCAUGAAUGAAAGGGCCUUGGAGCUUGUGGCGAAGCUACUGGCGGAUGAGCGGGCCUUCCUGGAUCCGGAGCCCCUAGGCAUUCCCCUUGAAGAACUCCCACUUGACAGGAAUGAGGCGUUUAUGGCGAAGGAGACUCAACUGAGGGAGCUUCGAAAGGACCCAGCGCGGAAUAGACAAGCUCUGGCUGCCCUUGAACGCGAGAUGUCCGAGUUGGUGAACGAAAUUGCUGCAGGAGUGUUUGAACAGGAUCGUAACUAUUUGGAUCCCGAACCUGAGGGCCGCUUGUUGCAAGAUCUUCCUCUACGAAACGACAAGGAGUUUCAUGCACUCGAGAAGGAACGGUACCAACUGAAGAAGGACCCAAAGAAGAAUGCGCAGAAGAUGGCAGACCUUGAGGAACUUUUGAAUGAACGGGCCCACCAAGUGGCAAUGACAUUAAAUGCCGCUGAGCGAAAAAAGUAUCUUGAUCUUAUGCCCAAGGGUGUGCCAGUUGAAGAUUUGCCGCUGGAUACCGAUGAGGAAUUUGCAAAACUGGAGGCGAAACGUGCACAGCUUACGCGGAGCCCAGAUAGGCACGCUGCCAAAAUUAAGGAUUUGGAGGAUGCGCUGAAUCUUCGCGCCGAAGAGCUGGCACAGGAGAAGCUUCAGAAUGAGCGGUUGUUUAUGAAUCCUGAACCCGAGGGUAUCCCGCUUAAAUACUUGCACCUUGACGAGGAUGCGGUCUUUCACAAAAAGGAAGUAGAGCGUCUGGCGUGCAAGGCAGAGAAUCAGCGGCGAAAUAAAGAAAAAAUUAAAAGUCUUGAAGAGGAGCUGGACAGUCGCGCAAAAGAGCUGGCACGGGAAAUGAAGCUUCGGGAGCGUGACACGGUGCUCGAGGAGGCUCUCAGCGGUGUUCCCCGGGCCAUUCUGCCGCUGGAUGACGAUAUGCCCUUUGGGGAUCUCGAGGUGGAGUAUCUCAAGGCUGUCGGUGACGGUGAGGAUACCUCGAAGGCGCACAACCUCGCGGAUGCCAUGAAAAAACGUGCGGAAGACAUGGCUGCAAAGAUAAAGGCUGACAGUCGAAUGAAGCUGGAACAAAAUCCACUGGGAGUUCCCCUUGAGGAGCUUUCCCUCGACAAGAAUGAAAAGUUUUGCACGCAGGAAAGGGAGGUUUUUAAUUUGAUGAAGCAGCCCCAAAAAAAUGCCAACGAAAUCAGUUAUGCCUUAGAGAGACUAAAUGCCGUGGUGUUGGAGCUGGCGCAGGCAAAGGUGGAGAAGGAGCGCGACUUUCUAGAAGCUGAAACGGAGGGCCGCUACCUGUCAGAGAUCCCGUUAAACACGGACCCGACCUUUCUUGGACUUGAACGACAACGCCGGGAGUUGAAGAAAAAUCCCUACGCCGACGAAGAUCGGCUAGCCGAUUUAGAGCAGAUGAUGAAUGAUCGCGCCCAUGAGUUGGCGAAGAAGAUGAACGCAACGGCGCGUCCAAGCUACCUUGUUCCCACUGCUCAUGGGGUUCCUGUAACAGAGCUGCCCCUAGACAAUGACGAGGAGUUCGGCCGCCUAGAGGCAAAGCGUGCUCACCUGUGCCAUGACCCAAAGAAAAACGCCUCACAGAUCGCCGAAGUGGAGGCGGCGCUCAACACGCGUGCUGAGGAGAUGGCUGCCGAUGCUGUUCGCCAGGACCGUAUGUUUCUGGGUGAUGAGGUGGAGGGUGUACAGGUGCGUCAUUUGCCACUUGACGACGAUGCCGAAUUUACUCGUUUGGAGGCGAAGCGUGCUGCGUUGAAGAGCAGCGACCCGCGGAGGAACGCGCCGGCGAUUGAGGAGAUUGAAAAUCAACUGCAGGACCGGGCAUCGGAUCUUGCGAAAGGGCUGAAGCAGGAGCUUCGCAACCUGCUCGACUCGCGUCCGUUGGGAGCUCCUUUGGAGUGUCUUCCGCUUGACGGCGAUGAACGCUUUCACGCCCUGGAGGACAAUUUCCGCGAGCUUGUCGCGGACCCCCGCAACAGCGGCAAGCUAGAGGAGAUUGUUGAUCAGCUGAAUGCGCGGGCACGCGAGAUGGCGCAAGAGCUGCAUGAGAAGGAGCGCAGCGUUUUGGACCAGUGCCCCGAGGGGGUUCCGCUCUCGUCGCUGCCGUUAAACACCGACGAGGAGUUCAAUGCCUUGGAGACGGAAGCGCGUGCGCUGCGAGCGGCCCCGGGCAGUCGCGCCAAGGCCAUAGCGCGGCUGAAGGAGCUUGAGGAUGCGAUGAAUCGGCGUGCCGCCGAGUUGGUCAACGAGUCACGCAAGGCGUUCUGCGACGCCGACCCAGAGGGCAUUCCGCUGGAGCUGCUGCGGCUUGGCGACGAUGACGAGUUCGUAAAGAUGGAGGAGGAGCUUCGGUAUCUGCGGAGGGAUCCGGGUGAGAACAAAGAGAUCAUCAGCGAUCUUGAGUUCGACCUGAACAACAGAGCGCAUGAGGUUGCAAAGGGGCUGCUGGAGGGCGACCGCGGCUACUUGGAUCCCAAGCCGUGCGGAAUACCGCUGGCUGUGCUCCCGAUUGGCGGCGACCCCGCCUUUCACGCGCUGGAAGUCGAGAGGGCGAGUAUCAAGGCGUCGUAUGCGCCCCGGAACGCCCGGAAAUUAAAGGAACUGGAGGACAAGCUGAACGAACGCCUAACCACACUUGCCGAGGAGCAGAAAGCGGAAGAUGUAUCUGACCUUGACAGAGAGCCCGAGGGCAUUCCGCUCGAAAACUUGCGGCUACACGACGAUGACGUCUUUGCGGCGCUAGUGGAUAAGAUUCGUGCGCUUAAGAAAGCCCCAAAGAGGAAUACUGAGGCCAUUGAAGACGUGCGGGAACAAAUGAAUGACCGUGCCCAUGAGAUGGCGAAGGAAACUUUGAGAACAGGCCGUGCAUUUCUUGACAAGAACCCUCAGGGCGUUCCGUUGGAGGUCCUCCCGCUUGACGAGGACCCCAAGUUCCACAAAUUGGAGGCGGAGCGUGCGAAGCUGAGGGCGCAGGAACCUAGACGUAAUGCGGGAAGGAUUCUUGAGCUGGAGGCCCAGCUUAAAGAUCGCGCCCUUGAGUUGGCAGUCGAGGAAAAGGAGGAGGUUUUAAAACCGCUGCAGCAAGCGCCACUGGGGGUGCCGAUUGCCGCUCUUCACUCGCACGACGAUCCAGUCUUUGGGGCGUUGGUGUCGGAUCUUUGGGAGUUGAAGCGGCACCCGAGUUCCAUCCGUGGGUUGCAGGAUGAUUUGCAGCGUCAGAUGAACGAUCGACUGCUGCAAAUGGCGGCAGAGCGUCUUGAGGGUGACCGCGGCUACCUUGAGGAGGAUCCGCUGGGCGUUCCACUGGGUCUGUUGCCGCUCUCCUCAGAUCCGGAAUUCCACACGUUGGAGGUCCAGCGGGCCAUUCUCAAGGAGCAGGGGCCGCGUCGAAAUUCGCCCAAACUGGCGGAUAUUGAGAAAAAGCUCAAUGAACGUGCUGCACAGCUCGCCGAAGAUCUUAAGCGCCAGGAGUUGGAAGGCCUUGACCGUGAGCCCGAGGGAAUUCCUCUAACUGCGCUUGAUCCGCAUAAGGACGCCGAGUUUUCCGCAGUUGUGAACCAGCUGCGCGAGUUGACAGACAAAACCGAGAGCAACCCCAAGGCUCUCCAGCUGAAGAUGCAAAUGAACGCUCUCAUCCACGUGAUAGCGGCGGAGAGGAAGGCGAACGACCGUAAAUUUCUUGACAAUAACCCUCAGGGCGUUCCGUUGGAGAUCCUCCCGCUUGACGAGGACCCCAAGUUCCACCAGAUGGAGGCGGAGCGUGCGAAGCUGAAGGCGCAGGACCCUCGGCGCAACGAACGCAAGGUGGCCGACCUGGAAAACGCAAUGAACGACCGUUGUCACGAGCUUGCCUGCGAGCAACUGCGUGAGGACUUGGCUGGUGUGGACAAGGAGCCCCGUGACAUCCCUCUCGAACUGCUGCACCCUCACGGUGAUCCGGCCUUUGCGGCGUUGGUGAGUGACAUUCGGGAACUGAAGAAGGACCGUAGGAAGAAUGCGGAUGCGAUUGAGGGGAUCGUACGUGCGAUGAACGGGCGCGCCGACGCGUUGGCGGCAGCGCAGCUGGACCGUGGCUUCUUGGACCCCGAACGGCAGGCGUACCUCUGGAGAUUCUGCCGCUUGACGCGGAUGACGCAUUCCACGCGGCGGAGACCGAGCGUGCGCGACUUAAGUUGA